CCCCAAGUUAAGUUUCCUCCACGUGGAAGGUACAAGACCUCCUGCACCUGCAAGAACACAUCCAGCAGAAUCACGAGACUCCCCCACUUUCACCAGAUGCCGUCGGGAGCUAGACCCAAGCUCCAUAUAGUGAUAUUGAGAAUAAGAGUAUUCAGCAAUAAACCCUCUCAAAAGCUUCAAUCUCAAACUCAUCUCCACUCAAUACCAUUUCCCCCCAUUUCAUAUCCAAGCCUCCCCAUCUCCAAAAACCCCACAAUCAUCACAAUGACGAUUCCCCAACCGCUCUUCCAACCCACCCUCAUCUCCAAAGAAGUAACCUCCUCCCUGCCCGCCGAUUUCACAAUCCGGCCCUUAGAACGAAAUGACUACGCAAAAGGCUUCCUCGAGUGUCUAAAAGUAUUAACGCACAUCGGAAACGUGACCGAGGAGAAGUUCCACGAACGAUACGAUUGGAUGGAUACGCAAGCCAAGGGAGGAUAUUACGUUCUUGUCAUUGAGAAUGAGGAGGAGAGAAUUGUGGGAACGGGUGUUUUGCUUGUGGAGAGGAAAUUGUGAGUGUGGAUUUGCUUUCCUUUAGUUCUUUUAUAUUGGAGGAAUUGUGAGUAGUUGCUUUGAGUUGACGGAUAAGUGUGAGUGACUUUAAUGAAGUGCCUGAUGAUUUGAUUUACAACCCGUUAAUGGGUGAUGCGACCUCUUUGUCGUUCUGGACUACUGGUUCGUGGGAGAUGUGAUUCUUGCUCGAGACGGUGAGAACUCAUUGUAUCAAAAGCCUUGAGACGAUCUUCUCAAUUGCCCUAAAGCACUUGAGUAGAUAGAGACACAUCAAAGUCAAUUAUCCCAAAAUGCUCGCAUAUUUGCUUCAAUUAUGCGAGCCCUUCAAGCACCACCUUAUAUUCAAGAAAUAUAAGAGGGGCAAUGAGGGAGGCUUCAUCUUUUAGCAAUGUUCCCAAUCCCUAAAGCCAUUCAUCAACACGCAACACUAUUUCUCUACGACUGUACCAUCACACCUUCUCGAUCCCAGCUAACAACCCACCAAGUAUCCACGACCUCGGAACAAUCGGCCACAUAGAAGAAAUCUCCAUCACGAAAGAGCACCAAGGAAAAGGGCUGGGUCAGAAGAUGAUCAACGGUCUCGACUCCGUUGCCCAAGCCAUCGGCUGUUACAAGACGAUCCUGAACUGCAGCGUAAAGAACGAGGGAUUCUACGUCAAAUGUGGGUUCAAAAAUGGAGGGGGACUAGAAAUGUCACAUUACUUUGAGGAACCGAAGUCGGCUUAUGAAAGUGGUUGAUCUACAGUAGUAACCUUGCUGUUCUGAAGUCAAAACAGACAGAAGGUGGAGUUAGGGGGGGGGUUACUCUUUUUUUGACUAUUCAGUAGUGGACAAGAAGAGCCCAAGUGGCCAGGAAAGGCUACUACACCAAAUAAAUCCCAAUAAAGUCUGAGAUCAAAGACG